CAACAAGUAGAGCAAGGUGGAGCAGAUAAAGCGCCAGGUCUCACUACUAUCAACGCAACUGACGACAUCGUCAUGGUUCAUGAAGUUGAAGCGGACAACGAGAAGCCUCCCGCACCUCGAAGCAUAUCCACCCAGCACAAACUAGUAGAGCCGCACCUUCAAGCUGCCGCUGAUGACGAACUAUUUACCGGUUCUGCAGAG